CGCCAGGUAGAGAGUCAGCUGUAGAAGUGACUUGUGCAACAACAUUUAACGUGCCCGUAAAGAAAAAUAAACUCAAUCAUUUGUUAAAUCACAGUGGCACAAUAUGCAGUUGACUUUAAUCAAUUUCUUUAAGAAAACCGUGCCCGGUCACAUAUUCCGCGGCAAGCGGCGCCUUGUCAAGCCGGUGAGCAAACAGGCCAUUGAUACACUCACACGGGAAUACGAGCGUCAGGAGCAAAUAAUGUUUCUACUGCGGCAUCCUUACCUCACACUGGAACAAUCAUCGGGCCAUGCCAAGGAACUGCAGAAACGGGACAAACUGGUGGCCAAGUGGACAAACGAGCAAACAUUAAGAAAGAUGAAACCUCAUGUGACCAUUGAGGAGCGUCUCAAUCAGCUGAAGAUCAAGGAGGCAUGGGAUUAAAUACACUCCCACACACCAAUGGCUUUACAAAUUAUAGAAUAAAUACUAUAACUAAUUAUUACUAUUUGUGUAAUUGAAUGAGGUACAGCUUGAAGUGUAACAAUUUAUUCUACGGAAUUAGAUUGUAUUGGUUUUAUACAUCAAAAUGUUAUAUAUCUAAAUGAA